AUUGGUAAGUUGCCACGUCAGCAGGCCACGUCAGCAGACCACGUCAGCAGGCCACGUCAGCAGACCACGUCAGCAGGACAUGUCAGCAGGCUACGUAAGUACGUCAGCAGACCACGUCAGCAGGCUACGUCAGCAGGACAUGUCAGCAUUGCCACGUCAGCAGCAAGGGAUACCACAUCAGCAUGCACCGAUACAGACAGCAGUCAUGGACCAGAAGGCCGGGGAAACAGACGAGGCCUAUCAGGCCCGCAUGUUAGCCUGGAGUACCGAGACAAAGAAGCGGGCAGAUGACGCUGCCGCAGCAGCCAAAAAAAGGGCAGAGGAUGUCGAGCAGGCACGUCUGCUGGCCGUGGAACAACAGCGCCAACACGACGAGGCAGCAGCAAGGGUUGCCGAUGAGGAAAGAACACAGCGUCGUGAGAAGACAUUCACCGGAGAGGGGGCAUUACUUACCAUGGCAGCAGAAUGUCGAAGCGAGGCCGAGAAUAGCCAGUUGGAGGAUAGCGCAAACAAGAUAGCGCUCCUCCUCUCGCAUCUCACGGAUCUCCUGGCAACCUGCAUUACACAGCAGGCGGAGAUCCUUGCUCUCGACAACUCGGUAGCUCAUCUCCAAAACCGCCUUCAGCGGGUGGAGCAGCGACCAGUCACCGCCGCCGAUGCAGGCUCUUCCAACACUGCCGACCGCCUCACCGCAUUGGAGAUGCGCGUCGGCUCCCUCCAGGAUGGCGCACAGUUACAGCAAACCUCGACGCAACAAUUGCAGCAGCGGAUCUGCACUACCGCCACUACCUCGAGUCCGGAGCCGCGCGAGACAGCUCCUAAGUUCGAUGGGCAGGAGAUCUUCCACGACUCAAUCAAGACAGAUCCGAUUCCAUGGUUUCGCAAGUUCGAGCUCACGCUGCAGCUCCACAACAUCAAGGAAAACAAGCACCACGCYUACUUGUACUCUCGCUCAGGGGGCGCGUGUUAGGCGUGGUUGGACAACUUGUUGUCCAAGUACGGAGUGGUAGCAGCGAACUUGCACACCAUGAUCAGUUGGGAUGAUCUGAAGGCGGCGUGGCACAAGUGGUUCCAGGUGGAGCCGCCAGAGAUCAAAGCCAUGGACAAGC